AUAAAUUGAUGAUGGAUGGAAGCUGAUGAGACAAAAAUAUGAGGCUAGAAGAGAGGAUGAGAGGAAAAAUGAAUUGCAAGGAAAAUCAGAUUCCACGUCGUUGGGAUUGCAUAUCCAAACAAUCUACUCCCUCCUCGCGGCCAGCCUUAUCGACUUAACCAACAAGACACAGAGAGAGAAGAAGAAGAAGAAGAAGAAGAAGAAGACGACGUCGAUGUCUGUGUCGCUCUCCUCUGCAUCUCUAUAUGUGCCUAGUACUACUAGCAGUAGUAGUACACACUUGAACUUGGCCUUUGAAUUGAGGAAAUGGCGGAUCAGAGCUUCCUCCGCUGCUUCUUCUGGCGUCCAAUUCACCACUCUCGAAUCAGCCAUUGCCGAGACCUCUCUUCGGGAGCUGACAACUCUUGGAAUUAAAAACGCGGAGAACCUUGCAAUCCCAAGUGUUAGAAAUGAUGCAGCUUUUCUCUUUACGGUGGUAGGGACAACAGGCUUUUUGGGUGUUCUUGCCGGUCAGCUUCCUGGGGAUUGGGGCUUCUUUGUGCCAUACUUGAUUGGGAGCAUUUCUUUAGUAGUUUUGGCUGUGGGAAGCAUUUCACCUGGGCUUCUUCAAGCUGCCAUUGGUGGAUUUUCAUCACUUUUUCCUGAUUACCAGGAUAGGAUUGCUAGACAUGAAGCAGCUCAUUUCUUAGUUGCCUACUUGCUUGGCCUUCCUAUACUCGGAUAUUCUUUGGAUAUUGGGAAAGAGCAUGUUAAUCUCAUUGACAAAAAGCUGGAAAAGCUCAUAUACAGUGGGCAGCUUGAUGCAAAGGAACUGGACAGGUUGGCAGUUGUAGCUAUGGCUGGACUGGCAGCUGAAGGUUUGCAAUAUGAUAAAGUGGUCGGUCAAUCUGCUGAUCUUUUCACUCUUCAGAGGUUGAUAAACAGGAGCAAGCCGCAGCUUAGCAAAGAACAGCAGCAAAAUCUUACCAGAUGGGCUGUGAGUGUUUCUAUCAUGCAACCAAUGCACAUGUUUUACUUGCAUUUUGCAUUACAAUCUUGACUUUGAAAUUCUUCUGUUUCAAGGGUUCUGUUUGCUGGAUCCCUUUUAAAAAAUAACAAGGUAAUUCAUGAGUCCCUAAUGUCGGCAAUGUCGAAGAAGGCAACUGUGUUAGAGUGCAUUGAAGCAAUUGAGAAGGCUGCAUAAUGAUUAAAACAUACCGACAGUUGUAACAUUAUUUCAAGAAUAAGGGCACUUUAGUAUGUUUAGUUGCUUGUUUCCUAAUUAGAUUUUAGGUCUUGGUAUAUAUACCUAGUGAUGUAAUUAUUUGCUCUGAUUUGAAUUAUGUCUGAAGAUAAAUUGGAAGCCAUUAGCAUUCAUAUGAAUGGAGAAAAUUAUUCGUAUU